AUGACUUUACCUCCUUGGCUUACGACCAUCAAACGUCGUUUGACUGGUGAUCAAGAGAGUUCUGAAGAAGCUCAAUCAACGGCUUCGGAAGUUUCAGAUGGCCGUCCUCCACCUCCCCGAGAGUUGCUCGCCCAUCGAACCCACUAUGAGCUACCCCUCCUUAACCGUCGGGUAGAUGCUGCCGAUGACUCUCCCAUUUCUGCUUUAUAUCGAAUAUAUGAGCAUCUAAUUCUCGACCAACACCUCGAAAUCCGCAAUGAGAUCGAGGCGUUUUGGUAUCACAAAGACUGGGCUGUAGUUGACAUCCCAGAUCCCUGCGACCCAAAUCCGGAAAGAUAUGUCUGUCUGGCUUGUAUCCCGGCGCUUCUCUGUCUAGCUUUCAAUCGAAGGAUAGAAAUGGGCCUACCGAGAGAAGCCCCUCCCAUAUUCAACCAUGACAUGCUCGACGAGUGGAGAGCACAGGAACCCAAGUUCGAGAAGGUACCUGUCUGGACAGAACAGGUGCCUCGAAUCGAGGAAACGCUGGUGAUACCUCACUGGGACAACAAUGAACGAAAGUUUGUUCCUCUGGCAGGUUUCGAAUGUGGUGAAGCGUCAAAGGAAUUUGCAGACAAAAACAUUCUUGUGUGGCAGCCACAUGUUCACUUUGCGUAA